AUUUAGACAAUAACACAUGGCUGGCUUCUAUAAUGAUGUGUUACUUUUUGAAAACACCGUUAAUUGUUUUUUAAUAUGUAUUUACGUGGGAGUUAUUGUACAUUAUGCAUACCAUUAUCAAUAGUUGCAUUCCGUAACCACGCAAUUUCGUUCCAGUUCCAGAGUCCAGAGUGCAUCAAAAAGAUUUGACAUUUGAAAUAUUUCUAUAAUCGACUGUCAUGGGGGCCUGGUCAUGGUUCAAGGGUCUUAUUGUAGUGCAGCUUCUGCUGGGAUACAUUUUCCUGGCCAGUGGCUUUCUGGUCAGCUUUCUCAUGCUUGUUGGAAUGGUCAUUUGGCCAUUUAGCAAGACGCUCUACAGAAAAUACACAAACUUCCUGUCCUAUGCAUUGUGGAGUCAGUUCUCGUUCCUUGCGCACUGGUGGUCAGGCGCGCAUUGUGACCUGUAUAUAUCUCCUGAAGACCAGCAGAUGUUGGGCAAGGAGCACUGUGUGUGCAUGGUGAACCAUACAUACGAGAUAGACUGGCUCAUGGCCUGGAUGAUGGCAGAGAGGCACGGAAUGCUGGGGAAUACAAAAAUAUAUGGCAAACACAUACUGCGUUAUGUCCCCAUUAUUGGAUGGACCUGGUACUUCACGGAAAGCAUUUUCCUCCAGAGAAAUUGGGAUGAAGACAAGAAAAUCUUGGAGAAAUCCAUAUCUGAACUCGUCACCUACCCAGAUCCAUUCUGGGUAACUCUUCUGUUAUUUCCCGAGGGCACACGAUGGACACCCGAGAAGCAUGCUAUAUGCCAGAAGAUUGCCAAGGAGAAAGGUUACCCUGAGUACAAGCACAUGCUGCUGCCUCGAACCAAGGGCUUUGCCCUGUCCAUGGAACUGAUGCAGGGAAAAAUUCCAACAGUGCUAGAUGUUACGGUGGGUUUCCCCACUGACAGACCAGAGCCAAGCCUGAUGGACGCCAUUGCUGGAAAAAAAGUCACAUGUGCAAUGAUUGUCAGGCGCUAUGCAAUUAAAGACAUCCCGUCCACAGAGGAGGAGGCUGGCAAGUGGCUUCGGGACAUAUACAAAAAUAAGGACAACGAAUUGAUACACUACAAGCAGACUGGUAAAUUUCAAGGUCGCCCAGUGAUAGAGGUGCCCAGGCGGUACUACGAUAUAUGCUGGUACAUCUUCUGGACUCUAUUAACGUGUGUGCCACUGUUCCAGUACCUGGCCUUUGUCGUCCUGUCCGGAUCUGUAAUGCACAAACUUAUAGUCAUGGCUGUGAUAGUGGCAAUGGUGUUACUGAUGAAAUGGAUGAUUCGAUUCACAGAAGUGAAACAUGGAACAUCUUAUGGAUUGGAGAAAAAAGAAAAGAAAACACAAUAAUAUAGGGGCAUUUGUACUUUUGAUAUUUUGUUUAAGAUAUUAAACUUUUUUUCUACCACGCUUUCCUUUUCAGGGAAUUCAUUGAAUUUAUGAUUUUGAUCAAAGGAUUUUGUGCGCACAAAUUAUUGACACUGAAGGGGGGAACAAUGCCAUUGUCUUUCUUUGUUUUAACUUUGUCAUAAAUCACGUACAUUGUAUGUUGAUAUUGUUUGGAUAUAAUACAAUCAAACUAUUUAAUACAAAAAUGAAUAGAUCAUGUGUAAUUUUAAGUACAAAAUGUGAUUUUUGAAAGGCAAACAUCUUCCUCAGUAUGUGUUGCCUGAAUAGUGAACCUUUAAAGAUUUCAUUAGACGAUGUUGUUAGAUGAAGAUGCAAAUGUUAUGUAUGUUGUUUGAUGUCAAGUAUGCGAAGUGUAUUAAUCCUUUAAAUCACUGUUAUGCUAAUGCAAUUCAUUAUGAAUUCUGGGUAAAGUUGAUCUAAAGCUGCCACUGUCAAUUUUAUUCCAACGAUAAAAUGGACAAGCUACAAAUAAAAAAUGUACCUAUUUAUACAGGUAAAUGUUGAAAUGGAAAUUUUAUUAAUAUAUCUAUACUAUACAAAAAAAUUGUUCUGGCAGAUUCUAUAAUGUUAGUAUUUAGAAAAUAACAGUGAAGAGUUACGGCAUUUUCUUUCAUAUGAGCUUUAUGCAAUGAAAAUGACUGCAAUCUACAACCAGCGCUCCAGCUAGGUCUAAAUGGAAGGGCCCAGCACUCUCUCACAUAAAGGUCCCACCCUGACCCCCACCAUGCAUUUUUUUGAAGUUUCAUUAAAUUUACUAAAUUUUUAGUUAAAAUAGUUAAGAAUAGAAAUAUUUUUAAUUUUAUUUAUAAUAGAAACAGUAUAUUAAAUGAAAAUACAUUUAAUAUGAAAUACAAACCAGUAUACGUGCUUUACUGAAAAUAUUUUACAGGGAUUAUAUGACUGUGCGUACCAAAGUUCUCUUUUGACCAAAAAGAAACCUUCCCUUUUCUAGUUUUAGCUAGAGCACUGUUUAUACUUGCUCGUUUUGAGCAUCCUCCCCAAACUGAGUCUUGUUCUUAGUUAAUAGGGCUUAAUGCAUGUGCGUAAAGUGUGGUCCCAGAUUAGCCUGUGCAGUCCGCACUAGCUUAUCAGGGUCAACACUCUCUGCUCUUUAUAGACUUUUUAAAUUUAACAUCAGUGUAUUGUUAUUCUCAAGCUAACCCGUAGAACUUUUGUUAUUUAGGUUACUGUAGCUGUAGCAGCAUUUGUUAUUUAUGUUAUUUUUUUAGUAUUAGUUAGACCAGUUACAUAAAUUAUGUAAUUGUUGAUUCCUUGCUAUUUUUAAUCUUUGAAAUAUUUGUCAUGUAUGGCAUACCCCCUCAAAAAAUGUUCAUUGUUUAUUUUUAAUUUGGCUGGUACACAAAUAUAAUUUAUAAGUACCGAACAAUCAAAAUAGACUUAUAAUAAUGUGUGCUCAAUUUCUGAAGCAGAAUAUUUGUAAUAUCUGUUAGAAUGAAUAAUCAAAAGUGUUCUUUUUAGCUCACCUGAUUGCUCAGGUGAGCUUUUGGGAUCGGUCUUUGUCCGUCGUCCGUCUGUCAUCCAUCCGUCCAUAUUUGGUUGUAAACACUCUAGAGGCCACAUUUCUUGUGCGAUCUUCAUGAAACUUAGUCAGAAGAUUUGUCCUUAUGAUACCUGGAUCAAGUUCGAAACUGGGUCAUGCUGGGUCAAAACUAGGUCACUAGGUCAAAAGCAAGAAAAACCUUGUAAACACUGUAGAAGUCACAUUUCAUGCCCAAUCUUCAUGUAACUUUGUCAAAAUGUUUGUCUUAAUGAUAUGUUAGUUGAGCUCAAAAGUGGUUCCGGUCCGUUGAAAAACAUGGCCGCCAGUGGGUGGGGCAGUUUUCCAUAUUUGGCUAUAGAGAAACCUUGUAAACACUCUAGAAGUCACAUUUUUUGCCCAAUCAUCAUGAAACUUGGUCAAAACAAAUGGUCUAGAUCGUUGAAAAAACAUGGUCACCAGUGGGCGGGGCAGUUUGCUCUAUAUGAAUAUAGUGAAAACGUGUGAACACUCUAGAAGACACAUUUUUGGCCCAAUUUUCAUGAAAUUUGGUCAGAACAUUUGUUUUGUUUGCUAGAUAUGAGAGUUGAGUUUGAAAAUGGUUCCUGUCCGUUUAAAACAUGGCUGCCAAGGGGGGGGGGGGGGCAGAUUUUGCUUAUGUUUAUAUAGUAAAAAAGCUUGUGAACACUAUAAAAGUCACAUUUUUUUGCCCAAUCAUCAUGAAACUUGGUAAAAAGAUUGGUUUUUAUUAUCUCAGAUGAGUUUGAAAAUGGUCACGAUCAGUCAAAAAAACAUGGGUGUCGGGGGUGGGGCAGUUUUCCUUAUAUGACUAUAGAGAAACCUUGUGAACACUCUAGAAGUCACAUUGUUUUCCUAAUUAUCGUGACACUUAGGUAAUACAUUGGUUUUUUUUAUAUCUCGGACAAAUUGGAAAAUGGCUCAGAUCGGUGAAAAAACAUCCUUUGUAGCUUACCUGAUUGCUCGAGUGAGGUUUUAGGAUUGGUCUUUGUGCGCUGUCAGUCUGUCCGUCCGUAUUUUGUUUGUAAACAAUCUAGCACAUACAUUUCUCAAGCAUUCUUUAUCAAAGGUGCUGAGAAGCUAUAUGGCCACAAUAUCUCAGUCAAGUUUGAUACUGAGCAAAAUUGCAUAAUAAAUGCCAUAAUUAUUGCCCUUAAGUUGUCAAAAUUUUCACUAUAUUAUACAAAAUCCUUGUAAACACUCUAGGUCACAAUUUUGUUUCAAAGUUUAUGAAUCUUGGUCAUAAUAUUUAUUUUUGUAAGCAAAGUUUUGUUUUGUCAUGAGGGGUCAAAAUAUAGGUCACCAGGUCUAAUCUUACAAAAACAUCGUAAACACUCCAUAUGCCAGAGUUUUGGUUCAAUAAUGACGAAACUUAACCAGGAUGUUGUCUGGACAAGUUCUAAGUCAAGUUUGAUGUUUGGUAAAGAUUAAAUGAACCAACUCCUUUCAGGUGAGCGAUCUAGGGCCAUCUUGGCCCUCUUGUUUAAAAUUCUUUUUUUCUUGCCAUUUCUUGUAUCCCUUUUCAAUAUGUAUAGGAAUUCGUUAAAUGUCUAUAAAAAGUCACUAUAUAUUAUUUUUAUGCCCCCCUUUGAAGGUAUAUUGUUUUGCACAUUUCGGUCGGUCCAUCGGUCGGUUGGUCGGUCCGUCCACCAGAUGGUUUCCGGAUGAUAACUCAAGAACGCUUAAGUCUAGGAUCAUGAAACUUCAUAGGUACAUUGAUCAUGACUGGCAGAUGACCCCUAUUGAUUUUCAGGUCACUAGGUCAAAGGUCAAGGUCACAGUGACUCGAAAUAGUAAAAUGGUUUCUGGAUGAUAACUCAAGAAUGCUUAGGCCUAGGAUCAUUAAACUUCAUAAGUACAUUGAUCGUGACAGGCUGAUGACCCCUAUUGAUUUUCAGGUCACUAGUUUCCUAUAGUUUAGCCAUUCCAAUAGAUUCAGUCACCCAUAUAUUAUGGAUUUUUCAAAGAAAUAUCUCGACAUUAAACAUGUGGGUGUGUUAUCUGCAUUUUGACAGUUCGAUCACAUGUACAUAUUGUUGUUUUUUAAUGAAAAUUUUAGAUUGUUACUGAAGAAAAUAUUAUAUUGAUAAAAUUCAUACACUGUGGUGGGAAAUGAAUUAUAUCAAGAUUGUUACAAAAUUUAAGUGUUUUUCUAUCCAAAUGGACUGGGAAAAAUAGGAAACGUAAUAAAAAAUCAUUGUUGCUAAGGCACUUUCCUAUAAUUGGUAAGUAACUCAGAAAACGGCUGAUCAUUGAAUUAUAAGGAAUUUUCAGUUAAAAAUACAUUAAAGUUCAAUGUCACACUAAUAAUGAAUGUGUUCAUUUAGAAAACAUCCCAUAGAAGCUCUUAAAAGUGGCUAAACACACUUGCUUUUUAGGCGAUGAUGUUUGCUAGCAGCAGAUAAAAUUGGCAGUAUAUUGAAGAUAUAUAACCUCAAUAAUCUUGUUGAAAUCCACCUAUUACUAUCCCAUGCAUGUAUUGUAGUGGCAUACACUAUGUAUGUUUCUAAUGCUUUUGAAGAAUUUCUCUUUACCUUAAUUGUACUUAAUACAGCAUAAAUAUGUAAUCAAUCAGAAAAAACAGCUCACAAAGCAUGUACAGCACCAGUUGUUAUAUUUCUUCGUUUUGUUUUGAAUUGUGAUCACUAUUUUUAGCUUUAACUGCCAGUUUGUGUUUUAACUUGUAUUCCAUUUUACCUUUUUAAUUAAUAAAUAUUUAAGAUGUCAA